GAAGCUGUUUUAAGUUUUGUCGAAAAGCUUGCUGUAACAACAGAGGUGACGUUAAGCUUGGAAACAGAGGAUAUUUCGUUUUGUUGAAUCGUCCAUCGGUGCUAAUCAAAAACAACACAGAUUUCAAUGAUAUUUUUGGAGAAUCAUCGGCCCUCUCCAAAAUAUGGGAUAGGAUUAUCUGAACAGCAUCAUCUGCAGCCACACAAUGGAUAACGAGGAGAGUAAGGCGUGCCAAGGAGAGAAGCUGGCCUCUGCUGUGGACGACACUCUGGAUGAAUAUUUAAUCGCCCUCCAGCACAAAAACAGGAUCCUAAAGCGCCUUAAAGUCAAAGACCCCAGGGAGAUUGAGUUGGAAAAGCUUGAGCAAGGUUUUUCCAUUUAUCUUAACGGAGCCAAUGCUGAAGCCAAAAGGAAGCAGCCCAAAAGCUCCCACCACAAGUCUGUUGCCUCCCCACCUGCUUGGAGGCCUGCGCGUACAGCAGCGGCAGAUGUCUGUCGAAGCGCCUACCAGUUAACUGAAGAUAAUCUGGAGCAGACUCACAGGAAGAGGAGCCACACUGCCCCAGGAAAGGUCCAGAGGAAAGAAUGGGUGCAGGAUUCUGUCAGAAUUCGAGCAGAGGAAGGACCAAGUUUGCAGAUCUCCCCAGAAAAUCGAUACUUUGAGGAUUUUGAGACCUAUGAAAGUGUAGACAUGGAGAGCUCCAGUCCUCGCUCGCCUCGUAGCCCCUGCUCUCCAAGAGACACCUGCAAAGUGCCCCGCUCCUUCAGCUCCAGGCAUGACAGCCAAGGAGGCCAAGCAAAUCAGGAGCACAAUGAGAAGGUGCUUCUUAACCUUGAAGAAGUAAAGGUUCUGCGUCGGAGCCUGGAGGUUAGCAUGCGGCGAAGCAGUCGCGACUCAGCGGGGGAGGAGUCGGACGAGGAGUGGGUGGAGGAGCAGAUUGAGAGGGAGGAGAGCACUGAGAGUCUGGAUGAACUGGGGCUGCCUCUCUCCUCCUCCAAGUCCUCCUCCAGCCCUCGGCCCAGCGGCUCCCACAAUCAUUUUGACUCAGCAAACCUCAUUGUCCUGGACUUUGGACCCUCAAAUAAAGGUCGUAAGAUUGAACGCUCUCUGUCUGCAAAAAGGAAAGAAAACACUGACACCUUUAUACCGACCAAGCCAAUGUUGGUGAAGAGUAAAACAUUAGAUAGGCAACCCUCCAAAGACAGCUGGGAUGGUCAGAGGCCGAGGAGUCGGGUGGAGAGGCCCCUGUCAGCAGCCAGAAAGGCUUCUGCUGAGGAGCGAGACUCAGAGGAGAUGGCGUGCAGGGUGCGACAGGCCAUCCAAAGAGAAAACCAUCCUGUACAGGGUCCUGAACUCUUCAGCCGCAACACAGGCAGAGGACAUCAGGUGAUGAAUGGUUUGGUGCGCCACAACAGCCACGACAAGGAUGAGAACAGUGUCACUGUGGCCAUGCAGAGAAUCACGCUCAUGGGCCCCGGGCAACAACAGAAACUGCUGAAAGCCUUGGAGAAACUUGAGGCGGGACCGAGCUACAACAUUCCUCAGAGUGUCAAAACAGACUACAGCAAGCAGCCGAGAAGGCUGUCCUCGGCAGAGGUCACCCCUGCAUUGUAUGUUACCAUGGAGAUCCUGUCGAACUGGGGGAACGCUUUGCAGGUUGGGCUGACAGAGUUGCAGUUCUUCUGCCUCAGAAACAAGAAGCUGUACGUGUCUCCUCAUGACCUCGACAUCAGGAACGCUGACUACCCCGGGAAUCUGGGGGCUCUUGUCAGUGGAAAGGUGAAGACCACCAAAGAGCGUCACAUGUGGACAUGUCCGUUCCACCCUCCCAUCCAGCUCUACUUCAUCAUCAGGAACACUGAGCGCUCCCCAGAUUUUGGAAUAUCUCGCAUCAAAAUAUGGAACUACAACAGAAGCCUCAAUGAUCUUGACAUUGGUGCACGGCAUAUAAAGCUGUACCUCAACAGCACAUUGGUGUUUGAGGGUGAGCUGGAGAAGGGCUGUGGCAACCAGGUCUUUGACUACAGCACCACAAUUGACCUCCAGGAUUUCCAGGUGUCAGACUCAUUGUUUUCCAGCCCUGUGUCUUCAGGACACAAUUUACGGGGUGCCAGCCCCCAGCGCCAUGAGGACAGGAAGAGUGGGGAGGGCAGCAGCACUCAGCACCACCACAGUUGGAAUCCGCAGCCAUCAGACACAGGCCAGGCUAUGAUAGACAUGCAGGAGAAACAACAUACGCUGCUACCACCCAUCACUCCUUCAACAGUGGGAGUUUCAUCUUCUGCUCGUCGCUCCUCCACACAAAGAAACUCUUUCGACCUGUCUUGUUCAGAGGAGCCCCUCUCUCUCAGGCAGCAGGUGGAGCAGCCUGCACCCAUGGAGCAGACAGUCACUACCCAGCCGUCCUCCUCCCGGGUUGCCCCCCAGUGGCUGCAGCCCCUGAGUAGAGGAGCUCCAGAGGGCUGCGAGGCAAGCAGGGAGAGACCCCGCUGGCUGGUGCCUCAGCACUCUGCGGAGCCCAAGUCUCCGUCAGCCUCAUCCUCUUCAAUGCUCCCAGAGCUGCCGUGUAACCCAGGCCGAGUGUGCAGGGGGGUGGAGCGUACGGUGAAUGGGAGUCAGUGGAAGGCUGACUCUUUGGACCUGAGCUGCGACCUGCUGGAGGAGCUCGGUGAGCAAAAGUCAGACAGGCCCAUCAGCGGACGUAGGAGCUCAUUUCGGAACACUACGGUCACUGCCAGGCAGACAGAGGAGCCGCACCUCAGAGCUGCUGCACUGUCAAACACAGAGGAGCCGAUGUCAUUAGUGAACACUAGCAGGAGGCAGUGCACCUCUCUGGCCCAGCUGCACAGCCAACAGGAUGACACCCUCAGGGAGUCCUGGGACUCUCUCACUAAGUUCAACCAAUGCCAACGUGGACGCAUCUCCAACAUGGGCUUCGAAGGCGACAUCUUUGAUGAGUUUCUCCAGCGCCAGGGCCGCGGUCCAUCUACGGUCCCAGUCAACCCCUCCACAGCACCCAGGAGCCCACAUUCCUCCUUCAUCGCUCAGGGGGCACUGUGCGAAGGUCCUGAUGAUGAUCCAUCCACAGAGCGGGAGGACGAGUUUGAGAUUCCUGUGCUGCCACAGGGCCAAAGGCUGGUAAUCAACAUCCUGUCCACCUGGGGCGAUCGCCACUACGUGGGCCUCAAUGGCCUUGAAGUGUUCAGUUCCAGUGGAGAGCCUCUAAGACCCGCUCACAUCCGUGCUGACCCUCCAGACAUCAACAUUCUCCCUGCGUACGGCAAAGAUCCACGUGUGGUCACUAACUUGAUCGAUGGUGUUAAUCGUACACAGGAUGACAUGCAUCUUUGGCUAGCACCGUUCACACCUGGUCGUAGCCACACCAUCUUCCUGGACUUUGGAGCUCCCUACCAGGUGGCCAUGAUCCGCGUGUGGAACUACAACAAGUCACGCAUUCACUCCUUCCGAGGGGUGAAGGAGGUGGAAAUGCUGCUGGAUGGAAGGUGCAUUUUCAGGGGCGAGAUCGCCAAGGCCUCCGGGACCCUGUCCGGAGAGUUGGACCAAUUUGGUGACACUAUCCUGUUCACCACUGAUGAUGAGAUCCUGGAGGCUAUGUCUCGUUACGAUGAAACUUUCCUGAGUGAAGGUGAGGGUCCUGAGAGCCUAGUGGCUGAGGAGGAGCUGCAGAGACCACGCACCGCUGAUGGAGAGGGAGAGGAAAGACCCUUCACACAGGCCGGCUUCCGAGAGGAAGACCUCAAAUUGAAACUCCACCUCAACCCCACUGUGAGCCAGUCUGAGGAGAACAUGGAGCAUAUUCCCGGGAUGUACACUGGAAAGUGCCUUAGACUAGAGCUGGUGUUGACUUGGGGGGAUCCCCACUACUUGGGCAUGACAGGAUUAGAGGUGGUGGGUAAGGAUGGAGAGAGCAUACCUUUAGACCUCAAUAUGAUGGCUGCGUCACCCGCCGACCUCAACGACCUGCCUGAGCACGAAUUCGACAAGCGCACGCUUGAUAAGCUCACAGAUGGCCACAACAUUACCACGGAUGACCAGCACAUGUGGCUGAUCCCUUUCUCCUAUGGAGAGCCUCACACCUUAAACGUGACGUUCAACAAGGCCCAGACCAUCGCCGGACUCCGUAUCUGGAACUACAACAAGUCCCCUGAGGACUCAUACAGAGGGGUGAAGGUGAUCCAUGUGUUCAUGGAUGAUGUUGCCAUCUCCCCAACGGAGGGAUUUCUGAUCAGGAAAGGACCGGGCAACUGUCAUUUUGAUUUUGCCCAGGAGAUCCUCUUCAUAGACUUCCUCCAGACACCCACUGACAACAAGAGUGCAGAGGACCACCUCACAGGAAGCUCCAAGAAACAGGAACAAGCCAGCAUGGACUAUGAAGCACCCAUCAUGCCUUGUGGAUUCAUCUUUCAGCUGCAGCUGUUAACAACCUGGGGAGACCCGUACUACAUCGGCCUCAACGGCCUUGAAUUUUAUGACCAGAACCACGAGAAGAUCAGUCUCAGUGACAACAACAUCGCUGCUUUCCCAGACAGUGUGAAUGUCCUGGACAAUGUGAGCGGAGAUGUGAGGACUCCAGACAAAUUAAUAGAUGGACUCAACAGUACCCACGAUGGAGGACAUAUGUGGUUAGCCCCAGUGCUCCCUGGGCUGGUGAACCGCGUGUACGUCAUUUUCGAUCAGCCAGUAACGGUGUCCAUGAUCAAAUUGUGGAACUACUCAAAGACGCCACAAAGGGGAGUGAAGGAGUUUGGGCUGCUGGUAGACGACCUCCUGGUGUAUAACGGCGUUUUGGACAGUGUAAGCCAUGUGUCACGAGGCAUUCUGCCCACCUGUGAUCCUGUGGUGCCCUACCACACCAUCCUGUUCACAGACAACGCCUACAUUGCACACCGUGAGAGGAACACUGUCAUCAGCCCCCGUGGCAGCAGACGUCACCAACAUAAUUAUGUGGAGGACCAGGAUGUGAAGAUGACCAACGAGAAUCAGAUAGUACAUCACAACAAGAAGAAGCAGACAGCAGAUCCAGCUCUUCGGCCUAAAACCUGCAUGACUGAUGGUGGGAAACACGGGAAGAGGAGGUACUGACAGAUGAUGGCAGACGUGGAUUCAGUGAAAUCGAGGAACUACGGUGGACUUUUUAAGCCCACUUUUUGGUGGGUGACUGUUGAAAACCUCCCUUACAUUAAGAUAAGCCGUGGUUUGUAGUGGCUCACAAGGUCCACACUCACGAGGACAGAGCUUAAACUGAUAAGAAUGGCUUCGUACACACACACACAGACACACACACGAUUCCACUUUAUGGUUGGAUCACUCCCUUUUCCUCACCCAGACGUUAUCCUGAUCACGUACUGUAUGGUUGCCCUCCCAGUUGUCCCUCCCACAGUGCCAGGAUAAACCUGUGAGGCUGCAUUUUAUCAGCCCUAUUCUUGUGCCUAGUACUAAACACUAUAUCUGUGGCUGCUACUUGUGACUUUUGUGCUGCAUAUUUAAAUGCUGCUUGUGGCUUGUAAAUACUUAAAAAAAAAAAAAAAAAAAUCUCCAAGGCCA